CUAAUAAUCAUGCCUUUUUUCCUACCAGGGGUUUCACAUAUUUCACAAAUUCAUGGAGAGGACACUAACAAUAGGUCUGACACUAUUCUUAACCCUUUGGCUGGACAUACCACAAGCUGGAGGACAGAAGGACGGGGCCCAUGGAGACAGCGCUCAGAAACGUUCUUCUCAUUCUUCAGAUUCAAAAGGCCGCUGCUCCUACACCUUCAUUGUUCCACAGCAGAAACUGACAGGGGCAUUGUGUCUGAACACAGCUACUGCAAACCAGUCAGAGGUGCUGGCAUUGCGGGCAGAACUUAAACAGCAGCAGGAACAGCUGGAGAAGCUCCGAGGACAGUUGGAGCAGGAGGGGGCUCUAGCAAUUGAAAUAAGAGCCCUGCGUAAAGAGAGUACCAACAUGAACUCUCGCAUUGCUCAACUAUAUGCCCAGCUCCUACAUGAAGUCAUCACCAAGAAAGAUCAGGCUUUGGAGCAACGAAGGGUGGAGAACCUCCUGCUAAAUGCUACAGCACAGGCGCUGCAGGUGUCCAGUAAUUACAGGGAGCUGGAGAAAAAAUAUGGAGCUCUCACCUCCAUGAUGAGCUCCCAGAACCAAUUCAUUGCCCGUCUGGAGAAGCAGUGCCAGUGCAAGGACUCCACUCAGUCCGCUCUGGCUGUGACUGAACCACCAAAAAGUCAGCCUAAUGUGGAUCGUAAUUACAGUUCUGAAGCCAACGAAAUGACUAAUGAUGUUCAAAGAGACCAAAGUGCUCCUUCACCACAGCAGGAAAAUACAGUGGGAGUUCAUUCCCUUCCUACUACUACAACCAGUACUCCCGCGGACUCUCCAUUCAUUAGUUUUCCUGUCACAAAGACCCCAGGGCCUUGGCGAGACUGCCAGCAUGUACUGCAAUCAGGUGAGACCACUAGUGGGAUUUACCUGCUUCGGCCACAGAGUGCCAACCGACUCCUGCAGGCCUGGUGUGAGCAGAGUCGGGCUCAAGGAGGAUGGACAGUCAUCCAAAGGAGACAAGAUGGAUCAGUCAACUUCUUCAGGACUUGGGAGCAGUAUAAGCAAGGCUUUGGGAACCUGGAUGGUGAGUACUGGCUCGGCCUGGAACACCUUUACUGGCUGUCAAAACAGGCACAAUAUAAGCUCCGGGUGGCUCUUGAAGACUGGCAGGGCCGCCAUGUGUUUGCUGAGUACGACAGCUUCCACCUAGAACCAGAGAGUGAUUGGUACCGACUGAGGUUAGGACAAUACAGCGGCAAUGCUGGAGACUCCCUUUCAUGGCACAACAACAAGGCCUUCACCACUCUAGACCGAGACAAGGACAGCUAUUCAGGUAACUGUGCUCAUUACCAGAAGGGAGGCUGGUGGUACCAUAUGUGUGCCCACUCCAAUCUGAAUGGUGUGUGGUAUCGUGGCGGACACUAUCGCAGCCGUUAUCAGGAUGGCGUCUAUUGGGCAGAGUUUCAUGGAGGGUCCUAUUCACUCAAACGAGUUUCUAUGAUGAUCAAACCUAUAUAAAUUAGAGCUGUAUGUUUGUAUGUAUAAUGUACAUUAUAGGCAUAGGAUUUGGAAACAUGGGUGUGUAUUUACGAUAUGUUUAAGUCUUAGCUAUACAGUGUGGUACCUGUUUGUCUCUUGAAAAUUGUCCUACUGAUAAGAGGGAAAUGUAUAGAUUGUUCACUGAAUGAUGAGUAGCAAAUUUUUGUUUGUCCAUUGUCGUUGUUGAAAUUUUGUGUCAAAAUGGAUGUUUAUUAUUU